AUGAAAACAUAGAAAUAAAUCAAAGAAAUUUAGGUUUACUUUUAUCUAGGCUUUACAGAUCUAAGUAAAUUUGAAUAGGUAUUCCUUCUAAUAGGUAGGUAAUAAAUAAAAUUAGAUGAUUUAGGUAGUGAUAUAGGCUUUUAGGCUGUUACUUUGGAUGAGUAUGCAGUUAAGAGCUAAAUCCAGUAUUAAUAUUAAAUAAUAAAUGGAAAAAGUAAAUAUCAUUCUGAUUAUAUUUAGAGAUAACUGAUUCAAUAUAAGAUUAUCGAAAAUGAAAAUGAAAAGAUUUAUAUUUUUGAUACGCCUCCAAAAUUUACAAAAAUAUAAAAGAAAAAAAGCAAUUAAAAAGAAGACGAAGAAGAAGCUAUUUACCAGAAAGAUAUUAAAAAGAGCCUUUUAUAGUUCCUCAAUUAAAUUAAAGAAACAAGCUAAAAAAUACCUAUGGUAGUAAACGGAUUACGAAAGUUUAUAAAUGUGUAAUACUUCUAAAAUAGAAAUUAGCUUUUAUAAGAUAUUGAUGAAAACUUACUCAAAUAAAUAAAUCCAAAAAAAGAUAGUGUGAAUUAGUUAAAUUAAUAGAUUUAAGCCCUCUCAAAAGAAGCAAAAAUUUAUAAUUCAUAUAAUAUAUAUUGUAAAAUUAAAUAAGCUCCUUAGGAUUAUUUUAAGGAUGAAUAUCUAAUUAACUUUGUAUAGAGUCUUCAAAAGAAUUUUAAUCUUCUUGAAAUUUUAAAAGAACUAAUCGACAAAAAUAGUUAAUUAGAAAAAUCAUGGCUAUAACAAAAUUUCAUGACUAAAUUGAAUUAAUUAGAUUCUAACAUAUUUAAUAACUAAAAAAGUGAAUUAGAAAAAUAAAUAAAUAUUUAUGAAAAAAGUAAUAAAUAAGAAGCCAUAAAAAUAAAAUAGCCCUUUGUUUUUAAAAUACUAUUAUCUAUUUCUAACUUAAAAGAUUAACUUCAUUAUCUGAUAGCAAAUAAUAAGUUCAUAAAAAGCAUAUUUUAAAAUGAAGACUUUUAAAAAGUUUAAUAAUAUGUCUAAGAAAAAUUACUAGGAGAAUUUUUACAGAAAGCGAUAUAUCAAAGAUAAACUUUCUUUGACUAUUUUAUCAGUAUAUUAGAGGAUUUCUAAAGUCACUACGAUAGCGAUUUUUAAAUAAUUAAAAGUUACUUUUAAGAUUAAAAUUUUACAAAACUUUAACCUCUUAACUAAAUAAAUCUAAUAAUGUUUAUGAGUUAACAUUAAUAAAAACUAGAAAUUGAUAUCUAAAAACUUAUUAAAUCUAAAUCUUUAAUUAAUAAUUUUAAAAAAUUUGAUCAAAUUGCUUGCCUUUCAAAGUAUUUCUCUCAGUAUGAUCCAAGAGAAAGUCAAUAAAAUUACCUAUUAAGUACUUUUUAAGUGUUUAUAAAAACUCUUGAAGCCAAAUAGAUUAAAUUUGUUUGGGAUUAUUAAAAGGAGCUUGUAGAUUUAUUAAAAUUUUAGUAAAAUUAAUAAGAAAUUUUUCAACAAUAGUAAAUAGAAAAUAUUAUUUCAUAAAAGAAUGACAAGUAAAAAUUGAUUGAGGAAUUAGACCAAACUGAUACUUUGAUAGCUAAUCAAGAAGAUAUUCCUUAAAUAGAAAUAGAAAAUAACAUCAACAUUUAACAAAUAAAUUUUGAAAUAAUUAAUGAUAUUGAUAUUAAUAAAUUUUAAGUAUAAUCUUACCAAAUAAUAGUUGAAUACUUCCAUUAAAACCUAAAAAUGAUCAUUUAAGUUAUCUAUGAAGAACAGAGUGUUGAAAAUUUAAAUAAGAUUUUAAAUACAAUUUAGCAAAUAUUUAACAAAUAAAAAUGUAUGAAGAGGUUAACUGAAUUUUAUUCUUUCUAUAAAAAAUGUUUGGAAUAAAAAAAAAUUCAAAAUAAAGAGUAGGAAUCUAUUUUAGUGAAAAUUUAAUAAUUAUUUGAGCAAGAAGCCCUAAACAUAUAUGAAUAAUAGUAACCACCUGAGUAAAGAUUUUAAAGUGAGCAAUAUCUGGAUUUCUUAAAAAUCUCUGACAAGAGACCCGACUUCCCUUUUAGAAAGAGAUUAUAAGUUGAUUUAAAUAGUUUUAUCGAGCAUCAUGAUGAAAUUAAAAUACCUUCAAUUAAAAAAAUAAUUGAAAAUUAACAAUUUAAAGGCAUUUAUAAGUUCUUCUAAAAUGAAAUAAAUAUAAAAUUUUCAGAUUUUUCAAAAUAAAUUGACCAAGAAAUAAGUUAAUUCUUUAAAGAGAAAGGAAAAAUAAAUAAAUUAUUGAAAAAAUUUCCUACAUACUUAAAAAAAGAAAAUUAAUUAUUUGAACAAAAAUUUAAAAUGGAUGCUAAGUUUGGAGAAAUCAAAUAAAUAAUUUCAUAAUUUAAAUAAAUAAAGAGCUUAUAUGACUAUUUUGAUUCAUUAGAAAGCAGCCAAAUUUUCUAAAAAAUUAUUUUUAUGCUUCAAUAAUAAGAGGGAGAAUGUAAAAUCUUAAAAGAAAAUCUAAAUAAUAUACUUUAUUAUUCUAAAAUGGAAUUGAUAAAUCUCAUCUAAAUGAUUAAAGGUAACAAAAAUGUGCCUCUCAAAUUUUUUGAUAAAUUUUUAAUUGAGCUUGAAGAAGAUAUUCAUAAUAUAAAUUAAUAAGAACCAUGCUUUGAUGAUGAAUUCGAAUAAGAAGAAGUUGAAGAACAAGAAGAGGGAGACUCCUAAAAAAAGAGCUCAGAAAAAUCGAUUCUUUUCCCUAAAAAAGUUUUAAAUCUAUAAAAUUUAAUAUAAAUAUCUGGUGAUUCAUUUAUAGAGUCUGAAAAGAAUUUCCUUUAUCUCUACGAAUUGCUUUAAAUUAAAGAAGAAAAUCUAUCUGUAACCCUUUAAAGAUCUUUUCAUAUAAACUUUCUUCAUUAAUAUGGAAGUUUUUUAAUUGAGAUAGCCAAGUAAAAUAAAAUAAACCUUGAAAGCGAGUUGAAUAAAUAAUUUUACUUAGAUCUAUAGAAUUUGACUAAUAUUGAUGUAAAUAAAAAAUCUAUUGAUUAUUUUUAGAGUAAUCAAUUCAAAUGCUUACUUUCUUUUCCAAGUGGUUUUUAUUUAGGUGUAGAAAGGUAAGAUAAUGCAGUAUCAAUUAUUUCCCAAUUAGAUUCAAUAAUUCAAUAUAUCAUAGAUAAUUUAUAAAAUCAAAGCUUUUUAGAAUUGAGAGAUUUAAUAGAUGCAGAUGAAAACACUGACUUAUAAUCUUUGUUGAUUAAGUUAAAUAAUUAAAGAAAAAUAUUUGGUAUUUUGGCCAAUAAAAGAGAAACUUGUUAAAAUAAUUAAAAAGUUUUAUUUGUUAAGUUUAUUUAAGAAAUAGUUGAAUUCUGUAGAUUAGAAUUGAUUGAUGAAGCCCUUCAUGUUGAAUUGUAGUAAUGUUCAGAAAAUUUUUAUAAAAUUGAAUAAAUAGAUAAGGGUUAAUAGAAUUAAAAAAAUUACAUUAGCCUAGCAAUAGAAGUUGUCGAAGGAGGUGAAUUCUAGUUUUAUCUUGAUAAGCAAAAAGAUAAUUCUGAACAAGUAAAACUGGCUGUUAUUUCAAAUUAAGAAUAUUCAGAAUUAGAUAUUAGAAAAAUAUGCUCAAAAGUUAUUAUUGACUAAAAUAUGGUAAAAACAUAUGCCUAGUUUAUAAAGGAAAGUGAUAAAUUCUAAUUUAAUAUAGUAAAAACGAAAAAUAAACGCAAAUCUAAGGUUUUGUCUAAAAGCAUGAUACAAGUCGAAGAAAAAGAAGAAUCAUAAGAAUGUGGAGCAAGCAAUACUCAAAAUUUAGAAAAUUAAAUAAAAAAUUAAAUGGAAAUGUUUAAAGAUUAGUGGUUUGCUGCUGAAAUGCUGAAAGAAGUGAUUUCUAAUUUAAUUUCUUUUGGAAAAUUUGAUAUCCUUGAACAAAAACUAGUUUUCUCUAACAAAAAUUAAUCCCACUAAAAAAAUCUUGAAUAAAUGGAAUUAAAUUAUCAAAAAUACUCUGAAAUACUUACAGAAUGGAAAAAUUAACUUUCCUAGCUUUUUCAAGAAUAUCCUUCUUUUUCUUUGAUUGGAUUUUCAUAUUACUAAGAACUUAUUACUUAUUGUGAAGAAGGACUAUUUUUAGAUUUUAGUUAAGCAAAUCCUGGUUUGAUAAAUAUCUUAAAAUUUAUGAACCUAAGUCUAAAGGAUAUUAAAUAAAUGUCUUAUUCUAUUGAAUUAAAUAAGAAAUCAUCUUACUUUUCUAAAUUGCAGAGCAUAGCAAAGUAUUGCACUUAAAAAUGGAAAUAAAGUGACAAUCAAAUGAUGGAAGAAAAUUGUUAGGAUAUAACAUUUGAACCUCAAAGAUUCAAAGAUAAAUUGGUGAAAUACAUUUUUUCGGGUAGCUAAGAGUUGAUAGAAAUAUUAAUUGGUGGAGUUCAAAAUCAAGAUGAUAAUUAUGGAGAUUACUACAAAUAUUUGUUUUGUGACAAAAGCACCAAGUUCACUGAUUUUUAACUUUUCAUGUUUAGAUUUAAAAAUUUAAUUUCUAAUAAUAAAUAAAAUACUUACUACUUGAUCAUUAAUACUAAAUUAGAAGUUAAAUUUUUUAAUUAAGUGAACGAUCUUUUAUCUGAAUAUAAUAAAUAAAGAGAUACAAUUAAAAACUAGCUUAUAGUCCUUAUCAGAGAGGAAUUAGAUUAAAAACAAAUUUCUUGUUUACCCUAAGAAAAGAAAAUAAAAAAACAAACAAAAGCAUCAAUUUUAUAUUAAAAAGCUAUAGUGUAUUAUUCAAAUAGCUCAGGCUGCGGUAAAUCCUUUGAAAUUCAAAAAAAAAUUAGAUAGUAAAGCUAAGAUUCCUUCAGAAUUCCAAUAGGUGGAAGUGGUAAUAAAAAGUAAUUUUUGUAAAUUUUUUAAUAAAAGAUGAGUAAAGUGAUGCCAGACAAUUUACAUAUCCAUUUAGAUGUUUAUGAAACAUCUGAAUAAGAUCUUAAUUUACUACUUUUUGAAUUAAUUGUAUUGAAAUCUAUAAGUACACAUAGUGAUUAACUUGUUUACUUUGAAACAUUUAACUAAACUACUUUUUACAUUGAAAUAGCUAACACUCUUAAUGAAGGUUUAUAUUAAUCUAUUCACAUCAAAAAUUUCUUUGAUAGACAAAAAGUUGAAUUUGCUGCUAGCAGGUUUUAGCUAGAGCCACCAUAUAAAUCUGAAGAAGAAAUUAUCAAUUAUAAAGCAGCAUUCUAAUACUUAUAAUAUAUGUACUUAUUAAAAACUACUAAUGAAAACCAUUUCAAUUAAGAACAAACCGAUGAAAGCUAUAAUUUAAAUAAUACUACUUUAUCUAACUUAAAUAAUUUAAUAAAUAAUUUAAUAGUUCAAAAUUUAAAAGUUCCUUGCUUUUAUUAAAUUGUUAGAUUUUUAAAUCUAUUUGGUUCUGAAAUGAGAAAAAUGAAUAAAUCUUGCUUCCUUUUGCCUGAAAUUAUAAAAUAAUAUGGAUUAGACUACAAACUGAGAACUUAUAUAGUUACUACAUCUUACUUAUUAUGUAAUAAUAUAUGCUUUACUUAAUAGAAAUAAAAAAAUCAAAUCUAAAAUUAACAACUUUCAAAAGAAAUGUAGCUUAAUUUAAAAUCAGAAAAUAUUAAAGAAUUCAGUAAUUUUGAAAUGGAUUUUAUCACUUUUUAGGAAUAAGAAUCUCCAUCCUUAACUAUGUUUUUUAGGAAUUCAAAUUAAGUUCCUAGAUAAAUUAAAGAACUGGUUGAUAUAUCUAAAGAAAAGCUACUUUACUUUAAUGAAAAUUUAGAACCUGAGGAUUUAUUAAGAUGGCUGGUCAAACUUAUUAAUAAACAUGAAUAAAAAAUAUAUCAAGACAGAAAUAAUAAUAGCUUUGAUACCAUCUUUAGCGAUGACCUAAGAUAAUUAGCUAAGAGAAUAAUUAUUUAAAAGGAUAAUUUCUUUAAAAUUGCUAUGAUUUUUAUGAGAAUCCGUGCUAACUCUCCUGUUAUUAUUAUGGGCUAAUCAGGUAUAGGAAAAUCAAUACUUAUUGAACUUAUGUCGGUUAUAAUGGAAGCUUAAUUCAAAAUUAUGAUUGUUCAUGCAGGUAUUACUGAGCAAGAUGUUGCUAAGCUGAUUGAAGAAUGCAUUGAAAUCAGUUAAAUAAAUGAUUAGAAAGUAGUUAUUUUCUUCGACGAAGUAAAUACAAACAAAUUAGUGAGUGGUUUAUUCAAAGAAAUAAUUGUUGAUAGACAUAUAUAUGGAGAACCUAUACCAACCAAUGUAAUCCCGAUAGCAGCUAUAAAUCCAUACAAACUUAAGAGUGAGCAAUAAAAAAAAAUGAUAGAUAUUUAAAUUCAUGGAGGUAUUAAAAGGGAUAUGGUGAAGAAAAUUAAAAACACAGAUCUUGAAUAUUCAGUUGAGCCUAUUCCAGAAAGUAUGUAUAACUUCAUCUGGAAUUUCGAUAAGCUUUAAUUAGAAGACGAGAAGAAAUACAUUUCUUAAAUACUAAAAAUAAAAUAUAGCUAGAAAUAAAAUAAAUAAAUAUAUAAAAUUUUUACUGAUAAUCAGCUUGAUCUUAUUUCCAAAGGGAUAUUUGAAAGCUAAAUAUUCUUAAGAGAAAAAAUGGGAUAUCAAAGUGCUUGCAGUCUUAGAGAUGUUAGUCGCUUCACUAAAUUACUCUUUUGGUUUAUCAAAUUUUUAACAAAAUGCAGGAAGUUUGAAUUGAAAAUUUUUGAUUAAGAUUUCUAAAAUAUUUGCUUAUAUUUAUCCUUUUAUAUAAAUUAUUGCGUUCGCUUGCCUUUAAUCAACUAAAGAAAGUAAUAUUUAUAAAAACUUUCUGAAAAUUUCAACGAAGAUUACCUAUCAAUAUGGAUAAAAAUUGAUGAAGUAUAAACUUAUUUGAUUAAUUAAACAGAAGUACCAAGAGGUAUAGUUAAGAAUACAGCCCUUAAAUAGAAUGUUUUUACCUUAUUUGUAUCUAUAAUGAAUAAAAUUCCUGUUGUUCUUAUAGGUCCUCCAGGUUGUUCUAAAACUCUUUCAUUAAGAAUCAUCAUAAAAUCAAUGAAAGGCAAAUAAUCUAAAUCACCUCUCUUCCAAAAGCUAAAAACUUUAAUGCCUUUACUGUAUUAAGGACAUGUUUAAAGCACAUCUGAAAAGAUACUUGAAGUAUUUGAAAGAGCAAAAAAUAAAGUAGAGUAAUAUAAAAAAUAAAACGAACAAAAAAAUUAUAUUUCUAUGGUACACCUAGAAGAAAUAGGUCUAGCUGAAAUUUCACCUCAUAAUCCUCUAAAGGUUCUACAUUAAACUCUUGAAAAACCUGAAAUUGCAAUUGCAUGUAUUUCAAACUGGCCAUUAGAUCAGUCUAAAAUGAAUAGAAUGCUGGCCAUUUAUAGAUUAGAUGUUGAUGAAGAAGAAUUAGUGGAAAUUUUGAAAUCGACUUAGGAAUAUGUUCAUUCUUUUGAAAAAGAUUAUUUUGUCAUAAAUAUUUUGAAAUAAGAUAAAAUAAGUUAUUAAUUAUAAGUAUAAAUUGCUAAGACUUAUUAAAGUUAUCUUGAGUAGGUAAAAAAAGAAAUGCCUGAAUAUGAAUAAUUUCAUGGAUUGAGAGAUUUUUAUGGUAUGGCAAAAUUGUUAAUUUCAAAGAAAAUUCAAUUAAUUAAAGACAAUCUCAGACAAAGUAAUUAUUAACUUACUCAAAGCUAAAUUAGUGAUAGUUUAAUAAUGCAAAACAACCAAGCAUUGAUAGCUUAUUCCUUUUUAAGACAUUUCUCUGGAUUAGAAACCAACGAUAUUUUGUUCAAAACACUUAAAAAGUAAUUUAAAGAUUAAGAAUUAAAUGAAAUGCAAAAAUUAAAAUAAAUAGAAAUCUAAUUGAUUUAAGAUAAUUUAACUGAGGUAUCAGAUCACUUCAUGUCUAGGCAUCUUAUGGUAAUUACUCAAAAUUCUUAGGCUACUUUAGAAUUUAUUAAUAGCGAACUUAUCAGUUUGAAAAAACCUUACUAAAUAUUUAUGGGAAGUGAUUUUUAGACUGAUUAAAAAUCAUAAAAUACUUACAAAAUUAUUAAUGAAAUAAUUGAUUGUGUAGAAAAGGGUAAAAUUGUAGUGCUAAAAAAUUUAGAUAAUAUCUAUUAAAGUUUAUAUGAUUUGCUAAAUUAAAAUUACAAGUAUUUUAAUGGAAAAUAUUAUUGCAGCAUUUCUUUCAAUGCAGACAGUAGAGAAAUUCCUGUAUCUCCAGACUUUAAGAUCAUACUUAUUGUUAACUAAUCAUAAAUACAUAAAAUGGAUGGACCACUUCUCAAUCGUUUUGAAAAGCACACAUUUUCUGAAUCUAUGAUAAUUUCAUAAAAAGAUUAGGACAAAAUUAAUCGCAUAUACUAAUAUUUCAUAGAUCUUAAAUAAAAUAUGUUCAAUUUUAAUAACAUUAAGGAGUUAGUUUAAUCGCUUGUAUUAUAAUAAAACAAAUUAAAAGGUUCAUCUGAAGAGGAUUAUGUAAAACAGCAAAUUUAUCAUCUCACAUCUUUCAGUUACGCAAUAUAAAUGAUAAAUGAAUAAGAUGAGCAAUUUAAAAAAACAUAUAUCGAAUCAAAUUAUCAUUAUAGUUUAGAUAGUUUUAUAGAAAACAGAAUAUUUUCUUCUGACAUAGACAAUACAAAGCUAUUUUGUAUUUACUCUCCUUAAUAAGUUAUAAAUUCUACAUCAAAAUACAUUUUAAAUAUAAUUCAAAUAUCUUAAAUAGAUUCUCAGUAAGUUUUAAUAAAUUAAUUGAAAUAAUCUUUCGAAAAUUUGAUUGCAAAGAUAGAUCAAGUUUAAUUGUUAGAUGAAGAUGCAAAUAAGGAACCAAUUGAAGUGGAAAAAAAUUAAAAAAUUUUAAUGGUUACAUGUGAUUAAUAUGUUGACUCCUUUGAAAGAAUAAGUUUUGUUAGAUAAAAAAUUGUGGAAACAAUUCUUAGCUAUUAAAAUAGAUCUAAUUUACCAUUCAGUAUAAUACUUUGUAUAAGAACAACGGAUAGAUUUGAAGUUCUUCCUUAUUUCGGAAAUUGCGAGCAAUACUUUAUUGAAGAUCUUUAUUAAGACUAGGAUUUAGAUAGAGUGCUUAGUUUGAGUUAAAUGAUAAAUAACUUUGACGAAAAUUUAAAAUCUGUUGUUGAUUUUGAUUAAUUAUAGAAAAUUUUUAUAUCAAAUAAAGAACUUAUUAGUAAUUCUUUUGGACUUGUUAGUUAUGGUAAUAUAGUAUAAGAAGAUUUCUUAUUGAAUAGACUGAAAGAUAUUUUUACAAUUUUUAGCUUUAAGGAUGAAGACGAGAUAUAAGUUAUUAGCUCUAAAUUUAUUCAAGCUUAAAUUGAUAACUUUUUAGAAUAAAAUUAAUUACUCAUAGUUAGAGACUUUGUCUACAAGUAAAUUAUUGAAAAAGGUAAAGCUUAGCAAAGAAUAAGUCUCCUUUAAGCAAUUAAAGAAGGAAUAAUGGAAAUCAUAUAAAUUGGUGUUGCAAAGUUAAUCGCAGUUUUAGAAAAUAAUCAUUUAAUUUACUCAAUAAUUCAUUCUGCCAAUUACUAAUCUUUAAAGUAAAUAGUGACAAAAAAUUUACUUGAUAUUCUGAAUAUUGGAUAAGUGGAUUUUACAGAUAAAGAAACAUUUUACAAGCAAAUAAAAGAGAGUAAUUAAACUUUUGAUAUGACAGUAAAUAGCUAGCCCAAAGAAUAUAAAUUCCCUGGUUCUCAAAAAUAUUUGUCUAUUCUAGAAAAUUGCAUUAAAAAAUUAGAUUUUAAUAAAAAUGAAAUCAAAUUGGAGAAGGUUAAAAAUAUUGAGAUGGAAGAGAACAUCGAUACCGAAUUAGAAAAAUAUGAUUAAGUUUAGAUAAAUUAAUUUUUAGAUACUUAAUAUAAAUGCUUUUUAGAUUAGAUUUAAAAUGAAGAAUAAAUCAAUUUAAUUUAAUUUACAAAAUUUUUUAUAGAAGAUUAUAUAAAUUACAGUAUAAAUGGAAUAGAUCUUACCCACUUAAGUAUUAGCUUAUAAAUUAUUAAAAUCGUAUUAAAACAAAAAUAAAAUUGCUCUUCAUUUGAGAUUGAACAUGAGCAAGAAGAGGAAGAAAAACAAAAUUUCAAGUUAAAUAUAUAAGCCAUGAUGAUUUUGAAUAUUUUUAAAGAAGAUAUUCUUAGAGUUGAGGAAAUAAUGUCACAAUUUAGUUGGAUUUUAAGUAAAGAAGAAAUAAUUUAAAGAUUAGACUUUAGCCUUGAUGCUCAAAACUAAUCUUGUAUAAUAAAAUAUACACAAGCUUUAGUUUAACUUUUGAUUUAAUUAAUGCAACCUUCUGAGGAACUAUAAAACAAGAUGAAAUUGUAAGAUAUUACUUAUAAAGAUUAAGUUUAAGAAUUAGUUAGAUUUAUAGAUUACUAUGAACUGUAUUAGAAUGAUCAAAUAAAAAAUGGUUAACAAAAAUUGUAUCUUUAGUAACUUUUCAUCGACAAUAUUUUGGAAAAGCUCUAAAUAGAUUGGUAGAAUAAAGUUUUUGAUGAGCUUCAAGAUAUCAUAAAAUAUAAUUUAGAGGGUUUAGAUGAUUUUAAAAAUAAUGUUAAAAAAAUAUAUCUUAACUAGUAAGAAGAUGAUUAUAACUAAAAUACUUCAAAUAGUUCAAAACCCUCUAAAAUUAAAAAAAGAAUUUCUAAGCCUAAAAAGAAUUAGAAAAAAGGUGCUGAUUAAGAAGAAUAAGAUAAUGAUAAAAUUAAUGAGGAAGAAAAUAAUAAUUUGAAAGAAAAAAUCAAAUAAUUUGAGAUUAAAUGGAUCUAUUUUGUGUUAGAUAUUUUGCAAAGCUAAAUAAAUCAAAAUAAAUUCAAGGAUAUUUUAGGUGUGGUCGUGAAUUAACUUGUUCAAAUUGAGGAAAAUCUUGAUAAUUUAAAAGUAAAUCCCAUUCCAAAAGACAUAGUUAUAAGGUUUAAUAUAAUUUUAAAUAUUCUUUUUAGCAGAAUAACAAAGUUAGAUAACCUUAUAUCUUUAUUCAAGCAAGAGUACAAAAAGUCUUUACUAGAUUAAAAUUACCCUAAAUAAACUGAACACACUGUUUUUGUGAUCAUAACCGAUAUUAUUUAAAUUAAUUGUUUACAUUAGUUAAAAAAUUAAGAAAAAAGACAAUUCCAAGAGUUAGUUUCAAAUAUUUGUGAAAUCGGCUCUCCUGAGAAGCUAUCUUUAUUCUAAAAGUUAAUUUUCUUUAGCAUAUAUAGAGAACUCACUUUGACUCUAUGCUUAGAUAAAGAUAAAUAAGAUAUCUAUUUUGACAAUAAGUGUCUCUAUAAAUUUUACAAUUAAAUAGAUAUCGAAAGUUUACAACUUUAUGUAGUUAAAUAAAUUUACAAUUAGUAUGGCAAUGAAAUUACAUCUUUUAUAAAGCAAUCUGAAAUUUUUUCAAAUAUAAAGUGGCUUAAGGAGUUAAGUUCUGGCUUUGUAGGCAUCCUAGACUCAUCUUUUCUUACUGAACAUGAGUCUAAAUUAUAUAAAAAUUAUUUCUAAAAUAAUUAAAAUCUUAAAAGUUAAUUAAUGAAAUUCUUUAAAGAUGAAAUUUCUAAAUCAAAUAACAUUUUUAAGAGCUUGUUUGAAGGAGUUAUAAACAACGAGUUUUAUUACCCAUUCAGUAAAUUAAAUAACAUUUCGUUGUUUAUAUAUGAUAUCUAAAACAAUACCUAAUUGUAUUAAUGCUUAAAUUGUUAAGAAUACAUAUUCUCUGAUAAAUGCCCUGACUUAUAAAAUAGAUAUAUAUGCUAAAGAUGCGGUCAUUAAAUUGUUAAGGGAAACACAAAUACAAAAUAAGUCUUAUAAAAUGCAAAUUAAUAACUAAACUAAUUAUAGAAUAUCAUUAAUUAAAAUUAAUGGAAAGGCAUAUAUUUAAGAUUAAUAAAAGGAAUUAAUGAUGACUAAUUAUAAUAAGGAAACUCAUUAGAUCUAAGAAUAUUUACUUUAAUGUACUCCAUUUCAAUUAUUUUAGCUUUGCAGAGAAAUAAAUUCAACUCAAAGAAGUAGGUGACAAUGACUUCAUUUAAAAAUAAAUAACUAAUCGAUUAGUAAGUAAGUAUAUGGGAGCUUUGUGAGCACUUGAAGAUAUAUUAUCAAGAAAAUCCAGAGAACUUUUUGAAUGAAUAAAUAGAUUUAGCUAUUGAAUAAAUUUAUUAGAUAAUGAAAUUUAAAGAUGUUAGAGAAUAGGAGAUAAGUAUCAUUUUAUUUAAAAUUAUAAAUGAAUUUUUAAAGGAUGACUCUAUAAAACCUUUAUAAGAUACUGAAUAAAGGUCAAAAGUAAACUUAGAACUCUCUUUGAAAAUUUAAGGUAUUAUAUAGCAAUCAAAGCUUGUAUUAUAAAAUUAGAAAAACGGAGAGAUCCACAAAGAAAAAAUUUUUGAGAAUUUUGAAUUUGAAAAUAUAGAAUAAAAAGUUCAAAAUUAUUAUAAAAACCUUAGAUUUGUAAAAGUUAGUUAAGAGCCAAAUUUUAUUCAGAGAUAAAUCUAAUUAUAAAAUUAGAACAAUAAUGAUUAUUAGUCUAUAAAAUAAAUUUUAGAUUCAAAUAAUCUUGACUAUAUAUCAAGAUCUUUAUAGGUGAUGAUUAGUUUUUCUUAGCAGAUGUAAAAAUAUUUAAGCAAUACCUUGACAAUAAAGGAUGCAAAAAAUAAAACGUUAGUAAUGGCUUUGUAGGAUAAUGAAACACACCCACUCUUUAUAUUUUAUCAAAAAAAGUUCCUACCUAUUUGGAAAGAAAUAAAAGAAAAUGAGGGAGAAUUCAGAAUCGGAUGCAAGAGCUACAAAAUUUAUGAUCUUGAUGAAGAAACAAAAUUAAAUGAUUUAGUGUAUUCGUCUAAUAAAGAAGAUGGAAUAUUUUCAAAUAUAUUAGAAAUUCUAUGCUCUAAAUAGAAUAAUAUUAUACAACGAAUUCAAUCUAUGAUAGAUUCUGCAAACAGAAAGUAAAAAAAAAUGGUUGUAAAAACUAAGACUAUACAAAACUUAGAUUAUAGUUUAAAUAUCCUUAAACCAUACAAAGAAACUAUCUUUAGAAAAUAUUUUAUGAACAGUCCUGAAUAUAAAGAAGGAAACACAUACCUUAUUGACCUUUAAUAACUUUAAGAUGAGUUAGUUAAAAUUUGCUUAACAGGUGCUGUAGUUAUAGAUUUGUAGAACUCUGAAAAAUUCUUUUUCUUACCAGAAAUGUAAGACUUAGGACUUUUAUCAAAUAUUUAAAUUGAAUAAGAACCGAUUUCUUAAGAAGUUAAAUAAAACCUCUAAGAGCUUCUUUAAAACAAAGAAUAAAUGUAUGAUUUGUUAAAUAAACUAGUCAGAAUUUUCUAGUUUUAUUCAAAAUCUAGAGAUAAAGAAGAAAUGUCCUUAAAGUAAGCUUUUGAUAAUGUUAAAAUUCAAAUCAAAAUGCCUAAAUUGAGUGCUAUUAUGUCAGAAAAACUUAAGCUAAAGCAUUUAAAUAGUAUGAUUUGUACACUAGAAGAGUUCAACAUUGAUAACUUGGUUAAUCUUUGUGAUCCAAGCUUUAAAUAUUAGAUUGACUCUGAAAAACUUAAAAAAGCAGAUAACUUUAUAUCAUCAAAUAAUUUGGAGUUAAAUAACUUUUUGAUAGCUCUAGGAAGAUUUAUAUUUAGACAUCUAAGUAAAGAAGGAUUUUAUCCUACAUAUAAGUUAUUUGAAUAAAUAUUCUGUAUAGAUAUUUACGAAGAAAUAUGGAAUGAAUCAUCUUAAAUAGAGCAUCUUUAUAGCGAAGCAGUCAAACUUGACAUCCUUAUUAAAGAGUCAUUCUCGUUGUAUUAAAAUCUUAAAUAAAAAACAUUUUAAAGGUGUGAAAAUCUUAAAUCAGAAAUGGAAAUGGAUUUAGAAUCUAAUCAAGACUUAGAUGAAAAGAUGUAUUUAGAGAACUUUUCUGAUGAUUUCUUUAACAAGAAAAUAAUAGAUUCUUGA